AUUAGAGCACGCAGGGAAUCAGAUGAAAUCGUUCCUAUUUUACCUUCAGGGGGAGAAUAAUCUCCAGACGGUGACAUCCUCUGGUGAAAGAUGAUUACUGCAGUAACAACAUGGAACAAACGAACGCCUCCAAAGAAAUGGCGCUCACCUCGUGGAAGAUGUUCCACCGCUCUCAGGCUGCGUUCACUUCAGCGAAAAAUGUGGCGGCACAUUCAGUGUGCACCGCACCCGACCGCAGGGUUACACGGUGUGAGCCGUGUAAAUAAGUGAGGGGACGACAGUGAUCUUGGCGUUAUGCCGGCUCUUCUCAGGAUUUGGGAGGAGGUCUGUUCUAAUUCUGGCCAAUCACAUCGACUGAUCUUUCCUUUUUUUUUUGUUCUAUCCUGCUCAGUGACUUUGCCUGUCAGGCCCAUUUUGUUAGAAUAAUUAUAUGGGUGUUAACAGCAUUGCAGCUUAAAAUAAAGUUAGUGCUGGCCAUCGCACAAAAUGGCUGCGCAAGAUCAGGAGAAAAUGUUCAAAUGGUGAGGUAUUUUGAUUGUAUUCACACACACGCGGUGGGUGUUUCUAUGCCUGCUUUCAGAGGACCACGGGUGUCCUGGACAGAGACGUAGAGCGUCCCUCUCCGCUCCCCUGGUUUAUUUUGAGGUGGUCUUAUCACAGCUGUUGUAACUGUGGUGGCAGCCUGUCCACAGCCCCUCCACACUCCUCCUCUCCCCACUCUGGAACUAGUUCCCGCUGAGAAUAAUGGAGGCCUGUCCUGCACCCACGGGUCCCGAAGCGUCGCCAGCCGAGGCUCCGCACAUUGACCUGACAGAAGACCUGGCCCAGCAGCUGGAGGACAUCAUUAGCGCCUACCAGGCCGACGAGACUCCCGCCGAGCCAGAAGACGCAGACGAGGUCACAGCUGUGAAAGAGCCAGCCACCCGCAAGGACCAGAAACUGGAGAAGAAGAUGCUCAAAAACCUCGGGAAGGAGGCCAUGCUGCUGAUGCAAAGUCUGAACAAACUCAACACUCCGGAGCAGAAACUGGAAGCCAUCAUCAAGAAGCACGCUGAGCUGUUGGAGGAGCACCGCAGUGACCAGAAGCAGUUAAAAGUUCUGCAGAAGAAGUUGCUGCAGGUGAUGAAGGAGAAGGACCAGCUGCAGAGCGAGCACAGCCGGGCCGUGCUGGCUCGCAGUAAACUGGAGAGUCUCUGUCGAGAGCUGCAGAGACACAACAAGACAUUAAAGGAGGAGACCCUGCAGAGGUGCAGAGAGGACGACCUGAAGAGGAAAGAGAUCACCACCCAUUUCCAGGGGACGCUGAGUGAGAUUCAGGCCCAAAUCGAGGAGCACAGCAGCCGCAACACGGCGCUCUGUCAGGAGAACGGCGCUCUGGCAGAGAAACUGAAGGGGCUCAUCUCACAAUACGACCAGCGAGAGGCGAACCUGGAAAAGGUCUUCAAACACAGAGACCUGAAAGAAAAGCUGCUGGACACCAAGCUCACGCAGGCCAACAUGAUCCUGAAGGAGACGGAGGAGAAGCACAAGCUGGAAAAAGAGCUCCUGCUAAAACAGACGGCAGAAUACAAAACGAGGGUGAAGGUCAUGAGGGAGCAAGAAAACGACAUGAGGAUCCAGCUCGAGAUGUACUCCAAGAAGUUUGAUGAAUUCCAGGGCACGGUAUCAAAGAGUAACAGUGUCUACAGCGACUUCAAACAGGACAUGGACAAAAUGGCCAAGAAGAUGAGAAAGUUGGAUAAAGAGAACCAGUCAUGGAAGAGUCGCUUUGACAGCUGCAACAAGAGUCUCCUUGACAUGGUGUCAGAUAAAGCAAUCAAGGAAAAGGAGUUCGAGCUCCUCACCACCAAGAACCAAAAGCUGGAGAAUCUGUGCAGGGCUUUGCAAGAGGAGAGGAAGACUCUCUAUGAGAAGGUCCAGGGAGCAGAAAGUCAACCACACAACAGUGCUGAGCCAAAGGAGAAGGAUGACCCAGAGGAGCUUGAGACCCCCAAAGUCCCUGAAGACAAAGAGCCCGUCCAGAAAACUGCUUCUGCUGCCGCCGAGACCCCAGCACCCGAAACGCCAAUGACCAAGGAACUGGCUCAGCUGAAGGCCGAGCAGAGCCGCCUGAGGGAGAUCGCCGACUCUUUCACGAUCUCUCACGUUAUACCCACAGAUACGGUGGUUAGCCAAUCACAAGGACUCUCUGAGGGCGUCCAGGAGCCGCAGCAGAACCACCGAGAGGAGAUCAACGGCGAACACCUCCAGGAGGUUGAGGAGGACGGAUGCCAAGAACAGAGAGAUUUGGAAAUGCAGUCAGUUGAUUAACGCCGCAACAAACGCGGCAAAGAAAUCUGAUUUGUGUGCGAUUCAUAGCAAUAAAAAGAAAAAUGCA